AUGUUCCGCGCACAAUCAAACAUCUUCGACGAUGUUGUCGUAAAAGCGACAGACGAAAAUCUUACGAGCGAGAACUGGGAAUACAUACUGGAUGUAUGCGACAAGGUUGGAUCUUCUGACACGGGCGCCAAAGACGCAGUCGCUGCCAUGAUUAGGCGGCUAGCACACCGAAAUGCGAACGUACAACUAUAUACCCUCGAGCUUGCCAACGCUCUCAGCCAGAACUGCGGGAUUCAAAUGCAUAAGGAGCUUGCCUCGCGAAGCUUUACGGAAGCGCUGUUGAGGCUUGCCAACGACCGCAAUACACAUCAGCAAGUCAAGGCUAAGAUACUGGAGCGCAUGGCCGAAUGGUCCGACAUGUUUGCUCGCGAUCCGGACCUGGGAAUCAUGUCUGGUGCCUACAUGAAGCUGAAGUCACAAAAUCCUAACCUUCGAGCGCCUUCCAAACCACAGAAAACACAAAUAUCCGACGUUGACCGCCAAAAGGAGGAGGAGGAGCUACAAAUGGCGCUCGCGAUGUCCAUACGAGAGUCCAAAGGUGCAGCGCCAACGGCUGCCAAGUCCAACACGCCUCAGCAAGGUGGAUCUACUUCGAAUGCUCAGCCCGAACAGCCUUCGCAACCCCUACCGUCAGGCACAACUGCGGCGACCGUCUCACGCGUACGAGCCCUUUUCGACUUCCAGCCAUCAGAGCCCGGCGAACUGCAGUUCCGUAAGGGCGACAUCAUCGCGGUGCUCGAAUCGGUAUACAAGGAUUGGUGGAAGGGUUCGCUACGCGGGCAGACAGGUAUCUUCCCACUUAACUACGUGGAGAAGCUGCAAGACCCGACGCGUGAGGAACUUGAGAGGGAAGCGCAGAAUGAGGCUGAGGUGUUCGCACAAAUAAGGAAUGUGGAAAAGCUGCUGGCACUGCUGAGCACUAGCUCACAGCCAGGUGGCGGUGAUGCGCGAGACAACGAAGAGAUUACAGAGCUCUACCACUCAACGCUGGCCAUCAGACCGAAGUUAAUUGAGCUCAUUGGAAAGUACUCGCAGAAGAAGGAUGACUUUACGCAGCUGAACGAGAAGUUCAUCAAGGCUCGCCGAGACUAUGAAUCCAUGUUGGAGGCGUCCAUGUCUCAACCCCAACAACCUGCAUACGGCGGCCGUCCUGGAUAUGGUGCCUACAAUGCACCGCCCCCCUCAAACUACCAAGGAUACCCACCUGUGUCCUCCACGCCACAACAAGACCCGAAUCGUUUCGGCUAUGGCGGAGCUCCCCAGCAACAUGGCCCUCCUUCUCAAGUACCACCCGUAGGCUCAAGUCCUGCGUUCUUCAUGGUUCCUCCAGGCGAACAGCGGACACAGCAGACUCCAAAGCCGGGGCCGCCGUCAGACUCUUACACGCUACCUCCAGGAAGAGUACCAGUAGGAGGGCGACCACAAAGCUACGCACCCCAGGAGCUAGCGACUAGUCAAUACGACUCACCUGUGGACAACCGCCAAUCUUUCCACGCUCCCAGCCAGCCACCUCAGGGCUAUGAACAGAGCGGUUACCCCCAACAGCAAGGUGCUCCACAAGGACCACCCCAAGGACAGCAGAGCCCGUACGAGCAAUUGUCCUCCCCGCCUCCACAACAAGUCCAGCAAGAGCAACAGCCUCUAUCAGAGCCGUAUUCGCAACAGCCACCCCAACAAGGCUAUGGAUAUCCGCCAUCGCAGCCCAGCUAUGCACCACCUGCUCCACCUGGCGCUACCUCUAGCCCUGCGCCGCCUGCUCAAGGAUAUCUGCCAUAUCGUCCCGGAGGACAGGCACCGAGCGCGCCACCUGUGGGUGGAGAUGAUGCAUCUGGUUUCUACCGGUAG